AUUUAAUUAGCAGCAUAUGUCAUGAAGGAUGAAGGAUGCAAAUUUUAACGACAACCGCCCAUCCUCAUCGCUCUCAUUCAUGGAGAUGUAAGCUACAACCACCGUCUACUAAAAUGUGAAGGGGGCUGGCUUAAUUCAUGAAAGGGAGUCUGCCAAACUAGAAACACUUUCAACUCCUCUCAGUGUAACAAGUGGUGCAUCUCUCUCUCCCUUCUCUUUCAUUAGCAAC